AUGGGUAAUUGUCCCGAUGGGGACCGGGUGAUGUAUGCUACUGGCACAUUAGAGGAUGGUGCCCUGACCUGGUGGAAUGCCCAAGUGCAGAUGUUGGGAAUCGAAAUGGCUAAUGCAACCACUUGGGAUGACUUCAAGGAGUUGAUGCGGGAGGAGUAUUGUCCUCGUGACGAGAUUCAGAAACUUGAGAAGGAGUACUACAAUCUGAAGAUGGAGGGGUCCGAAAUUGAAGCGUACACGAAGAGGUCACAUGAGCUGGCAAACAAGUGCCCUAACAUAUCUCGACCCCCACCUCGACGAAUUGAACUGUAUAUCAAGGGCCUGGAACCGUCAGUGAAGAGUUUGGUCACUGCUGCAAAUCUUAACAAUCUGCCUCAGAUCAUCCGUUUAGCACACAAGAUUACCGACCAAGAGGUCGAGCGUGGAUCGCUACCGCCUCGUGUUUCUGCUACUACCCCUGCUACUACAGCUACCACACCUUCUAGUGAUAACAAGUGUAAAUGGAACGAUGCUGACAAAGCAACCAGUGCAAGUCAAUCUCAGAAAAGGCCCGACAACAGCAAUAACCGUAGUUUCAUUCAGUCGUCCUCAGUUAACCAAAGACAGGGCAGCAAUCAAAGUCAAGGCACCUACGUUGGUAAGAAUCCAAAGUGCAACAAGUGUGGUUAUCAUCAUCAUGGACCGUGUGUUCGGGCUUGCCAUAGGUGCGAUAAGGUGGGCCAUGUGGCAAAAGACUGUAGAGCUCCGUAUCCAAAGCAGCAGCAGCACCAGCAAAAUCAGCAGCAUCAGCAACAGCAAAGGCAGCAGCCCCAUCAGAACCAAGGCAAUAGGAAGGGGUGUUUCCAGUGUGGGGACGAGGGUCACAUCAAGCGGGAUUGCCCUCAGCUGAAUCAGAACGCCAAUGAUAACAACAAUCGUCAGAAUAACAAUAACAAUGCUGGGAACAACAAUAACGACAAUAAUGGGGGCAAUGGUGCUCGUGGAAGGGUAUUUACAAUUGGUGCUGGUGAUGCUAGGAACGACGAGUUCAGUCAACGAUUAGGGUUAACUCCAACACCUCUAGAAACUAAGCAUGUAGUAGAAUUAGCUAACGAUAAGACGAUCGAAGCCUCACAUGUUAUUAUGGGAUGCAAACUUGAUCUUGUUGGUCAAGUAUUUGACAUUGACCUCCUUCCUGUUACGCUCGGUAGUUUUGAUGUAGUGGGGCAUCACAGUGGUGCGAUGGUUGGUAUCAUCUCAGCUAUGCAAGCGCAGAAGUGUCUACGAAAGGGGUAUCCUGCUAUUCUAGCACUUGUCACUGAUACUCCAUUUGAAGAAAGGAAGAUCGAAGACCUGCCAGUUGUUCGUGAAUUUUCUGAUGUGUUUCCUGAGGAGCUUCCGGGUUUACCUCCUCACAGUCAAGUGGAAUUUCAGAUUGAUCUCACACUAGGAGCGGCCCCAAUUGCUUGUGCUCCUUAUCGUCUUGCACCUGGAGAGUUUCAAGAGUUAUAA